AUGGACACUGAUACGGUCAUCGUUGGCAACGGGCCAUCGGCCAUGAUCCUCUCGUAUAUUCUUCACGGUUAUAUCCCAUUCUACUCAUCCGAUCCCCCGCAUCCGGAUCCUUUACUGGACGCCAAGUUAAAAAUUGCCCCCAACCUCUUGAAUGUGAAUGUCGAUGUUUUAACGGCGCAUUUCGCCGCUUCGCGCCUAUCCUAUUCUACCCAGGCCUUGCCUGUGAACGUUCUCUUGGAUACUCUGGUCCGACCCAGUCUCGACAUUGAAGAGUCGGGCAACACUUCCAAUGUCGAAUGGCGAUACAUGCCUGAAAAGGCCGUCUCACAUGUCAUCUUUGGAAAGUCCUCCGAUCCCGGUGGCCAAUGGACCGAACAUCCUCAUGGGGCAAGCUGGGAUAUCCAAACCCUGAGUUAUGCCGCUAUGCUGUCGCUACCCGGGUACUCUUUUGCGGAACACCACAAACAGCAAACGGGGCAGGAUUUGGCGCCUUUUACACGACCUACGAGGCACGAGAUUGCUGAAUAUUUCCGUCUAUACCCAGCAGCGGUAAACAUCGACGAAGCCUUCCGAUGUGGCGAGGAGCUGAGUGGCAUCUCCCGCACCGCCAAUGGCUUCUACAUCAAAUCACAUAACCUCCACUGCAAGCAAUUGGUGCUUGCGAGUGGCAUAUUCACCGAGAUCCUUCCGCCAGACUCUGCCCUUCAGCCUUUACUCCAAACUCAAAUUACUCCUCCUGUUCCCCUCCUUGUCAUCGGCUCGGGCUUCUCCGCUGCCGAUGCGAUCAUCUCCGCUGCACCUGACCAAAAAAUUAUCCAUGUCUUCAAAUGGGCUCCCGAGGAUCGUCCAUCGCCUCUCCGUGGCUGUCAUCAACAUGCGUACCCGGAAUAUGCCGGCAUUUAUCGACUGAUGAAGAAAGCCGCCCUGGCCGGCGCCACAAACCAGCGACCCAAAUAUCGCCGCGGCACCUCGACUGUAUUCCUAGGAAGUCGCAGUUGGGACGAUGUUUAUGAGGGGAUUUGCAAUGUCGAGAUCACCGCUGUUGAGGUAGAAGAUGGACUAGCGCAAGUCACAUUUCGUCGAACAGAUGGAUCCACAUUUACACGAUCUGUCCGAGGUCUCGUCUAUGCCGCUGGACGGCGCGGUACUUUAGCGUACCUAGACGACGAGCUCCGCUCGGCAGUCCUUGGACACAAUGAUUCGGACAACACCACUGUCUCAGCGCAGACUCUUCGUGCGAAAGCAAUCGAAGACUUGGAGGUUGCCCCGGGAGUGCAUAUAAUUGGCAGCUUGACCGGCGAUUCGCUAGUGCGCUUUGCGUACGGUGGCUGUGUCUAUACGGCGGGACGCCUCAUCGGCGAACGAGAUGGCGAACGAGAGAUACGCAGCACCUGCAGCAGUGCAGCGUCGACCCGGCCCUCCUCAUCUCUCCCUGUUAUGAAUGGUAUGGACGGUCAUGACAUCUUUCCUACCGAUAUGUCCUCGGUGACCCGAGACGAUACCCUGAGCAAGGUAUCAACUGCCGGCGUGAUACCCUCUAAAAGCUGGUGGAAGACAAUGUCACGUAUGUGGAAGGAUUUGAUACGAUAA